GUCGUUUCAAUGGCUUUCCACAGCAGCUGGACGCCGGCAUUUACUGGUUUGGCCCCGAUGACCAAUCGGAGAAGGCCACCGGAUACCCAUCAAAGUUCUAUGAUCCGAGCAAGCCCACAAUGUUGUACUUCCAUGGAUGGACGGGUGAAGGUCAGGGUUGGACAAGCCGAUGCAAGCGUCUCACAACGAGAUGUCAUCCCGACAUUUGUCCAAAUGGAGGAGGUCAACCCUUGGUGAACUCCUGGCUUGAUGAAGGUUGGAAUGUCGGUUUCUUUUACUGGGACCAGUUCGCUGAUGAGGCAUGCGUGCGAGAUGCCGAGCAGAAGCUGUGGUUCGACAAGCGAGGAGAUGGAUUCCGUUGGAAAGCAUACAAUCUUUCAUCAGGUGUGGCCUAUUACCAAAACUACAACGAGGCAUUGGAUGAACUAUCUGUGGCAGACAUGUGUGCCUUGAACGUCAAGAAAGCAAUGGGCUCCUUUGGUGGUUCGCAAGUGCGAUUUGUGGGCCACUCCUUGGGAGCACAGUUGGCUGUUCGAUGCGCUUCGAUGCUGCAUGUCGAGGACCAUCCCGCAGCUCCCGGAAGGUUGUCGUUGCUGGAGCCGUACUUCAGCAAGCACAGUCAUUUGUUUUUUGGCUGCCACGGCGAAGUGACGACCCACGAGGGAAUGGGUGAUUUUGCCGAACGGCUAACGGUUGAAUAUGUUCAGAACAUGUGGAAACGAAAAAAGGUCGUCACCGAUGUGUACAAGAGCUCGUUAUUGACAGAGAAAGCUCCGGAAGACUCCCCCUACACCGAGCUGAAGAACAUAGUCGAGAAUGGAGCUGUUGGUGGCUUCGAACACACUUUGGUAGGCAACCUGGGAGCUGGCCUCGUUGGAGAAGAUCUCGAGAGGGCCUCCACGCUCGUCGAGUACGAACCCGAUUGGUGCGAAGGUGUCAAGACUGAUGUCUCUGGAGACGUGGAACAUCUUGGUUGCAGGCAUUGCGCUGUCAUGCCGUUGUAUCUACUGAGCUUCGGACGCAGAGCACCUGAAUUGAGCCCGCCGAUUCGUUCUGCUGAACCGGGUUCAGCCCUCAGCUCAUGCAUGACGCCCUCUGCGUCCUGCCUAGACGAGCAGGUGCGUGAGUGGGUUCAGCGACAGCUGGACAUGCAACCGGCACACCAGUCCUGGAAGCAGACGGGCGGCAGCAAUACUUUCGACGGGUCCGAUGACAGCUUCAUCCUGAAUCCUUCCAUAAAGCAAGGAAUCAAGCUUGGAUUGCAAAGCGCGAACUCCCUGGUGCAACUUCCCGUCAAGCGGGAAAAGCCGGAGGACCUCACAUUCACAAGAGUCGUGACGACUCCUUCACUUUUUCUGUUGGCUGCGGUGGCCAUCAUGUGCACCGUCGCCGGCUGUGUCGUGGUUCUUCUACCGUUCCUCCACAGAAGACACGACAGCGAUGACGAGUCGCUGGCAACAUCCAGGCCGUACUCACGGAAGGACUACAACUACAAGGAUCCCUACAACCACAAGGAUCCCGAGCUUGGGCUCGGAUACGAGAACUUACUGGCUUCACCCGGUGGCUCCUUUGCAUCUUCCUAUUCAGGUCAGCGGAUUGUCCUGGCAACACCACCUGGUGUAGCAUCCCCUGGCGUGACAUCGCCUGCUGUCACAUCGCCUGGUUUCGCUCAUUCAGUGUACACUCACGUCAAUCGCGUGUCUUAA